ACUCUGCUCAGCAUGUCAGUGAAGUAGUAGUAUCGUGGUGACGUCAUGUGUGAGUGAGACGAGAUGAAAACUGUCACACAGCGACAGACGCCUUUCGCCUGGCAGCGUUGGUUGUUUAUGCAUAAUGAGGAUGUACAAAAGAUCUGAAACUUAAAUUCUUGGCUGAUGACAGAUUUUCAUCUUUGUCUGACUGAUGAGUGAGAACAAGAAGGGAAAAAUAUUCACUACAGAACAUUCUGUGCGAUAAAGAGUAGUGACAAUACGCUUGAUAUCCAUCUUCAAACGAUGGUACAACGCUCAAAUUUUUUAAUUAAACGACGCUAUUUUAAGUUUAUGUGCGGAAGUUGCAGAAUUGAGCGGAUGUCAGAUUAGAAAUGAGCUUUUAUCAAAAAAGUGUGCACAGAUUUUGAAGAAUUUUUCUUUUGUUUCAUUUCGCCGUGGCUGGGCGCAAUUCCUGUCACUUUCAAACACAGGCCACACCAUCUGUCUACAAGUUGGAUUAAUUUUGUUCUGCGUGUUUCUGAGGUUUCUGUACAUUUUUUGUAUUCCGAUUGACAAGAAUGUGUAACGUUUAUAUCUCAAAGCCAAGUCUGCCAUCAUAAAAUAUGUAAAACAUGUUCCCUUGUGGUGCCUGUGUGCUGUGCUAUAUUGUGCUUGGUGGACUUGCUCUGUUGAUUCUUGGAUUGUUUUUACUGAAAGUAUAUGUAAAAGUAACAUGUGGUGUUUGCACCAGCACAAAACGCAUGGAAGGAAAGACAGUGAUUAUAACAGGAGCCAACUCAGGUAUUGGCAAAGAGACAGCAUUUGAAUUGGCAAGAAGAGGGGCAAGAGUAAUAAUGGCAUGUCGCUCUAUUGAUGUUGCAAAGAAAAUCCGUGAUGAAAUAGUAGCAGCAACUGGCAAUGAAUCAGUAUUCGUGCAGCCUCUUGAUCUUAGCAGCCUGGAGUCUGUUCGAAAGUUUGCUACUGCCAUUAAGUCUUCAGAGAAACGUCUUGAUGUGCUGAUACACAAUGCAGGUUGUGCACAUGCAUUUGGACCCAAAGCCACAGAGGAUGGACUGGAACUUACUAUGGCCACCAAUCACUAUGGACCGUUUCUACUGACACACUUGCUGAUUGAUCUCCUGAAGCAGUCAGUGCCCAGCCGAAUUGUAGUUGUGGCCUCAGAACUCUACAGAUUUGCCAAGGUUGAUCUACAAAAUGUAAAUCCACUGAAGACUUUCCCUGGGUACCUUUACUAUGUGUCUAAAUAUGCCAACAUCAUGUUCACAUUAGAACUUGCUCGGAGACUGGAGGGAACAGGAGUCACUGCUAACUGCUUGCAUCCAGGCAUGAUUGACUCGGGAAUAUUUCGAAAUGUGCCUUUCCCACUGAAUCUACCCAUAAAACUGAUUGCAAAACUAUAUUUCAAGACUCCGGAACAAGGGGCACAAACAACUCUUCAUCUAGCUAUAUCAGAAGAAGUAGAAGGUGUGUCUGGAAAGUACUACAUGGAUUGCAUGGAAAGGGGCCUGUCUCAAGGAGUACAGGACAUGGCUGCUGCAAAGAAACUGUGGGAACUGAGUGAGGAUCUUGUGAAACUGCAACCUUCAGAUCCUCAUCUGUAAUUUUUCACUGACUGUUUUUUUUUCAUCUUUUAAAUGUUUUCAUUGUUUUCAUUUUGACUGAAUUCCAUAGUUGUAAGAUCCUACAUGAGUUACUCUGCAAGUAUUAUUUCUUUUGUUUAUAGUAUGGUGAUCCAAAGAGACUUGUAAUGGCCAGUAUGUUAUUUAUGAAUAAAAGAAUCUCUGUGCCUUUUUGUGAGCAUGCCAGUCUAUCACAAUUGGACAAAUUGCAGCAAAAGCAGUAAUAAACAAAUCUGAAAAGCCAGUGGUGUCUUUUGAAACUUUUACAAUUUUCUUAAAUUUCCUAUAAAGCAUACACUUAAAUCAGGAACAUUCUGUUACUGGGAGAAUCCAUCACAUUUUAAGAUACUUGAAAAAUAUGCAGUGUGGUCAUAGUGAGUGAAUUCUGUUGUAAUAUCUACUUGUUAUGCUUGAACUCUGUGUCAAAGCCAUUGUUAAAUAAAAACUUUGUUAGAUGGUA